GACGAUCAGUUGCUAAACAAACGCUAGCGAGCGCGGUUGAGAUCGAGCCAAGUUAAAGUGCGCUCAGAGCUAGAACGGGUCGUAUCGGAUAGGCUUGGACUGGAUUGGUGUUCCAAUCUGGCCAAAAAAAACCUUUGUGUGUGUACAGGCACACGCAGCCGAUGAAAGCUGCAGCCAAACGGAGCCAAGAUGCCGCGCAAGCUGCUUAAAUUCCUGAUCAUCUUCGACAACACCUCCCUGCUGUACUUCCCGGGCCAGUUCCUCUCCGGCCGCGUGCUGAUCGAGUUGCAGGACGAAACGCCGGCCCUGGGUCUCCACUUCCAUGUGGUGGGUGAGGGCGUGGUGCGCAACGGUCGGCGACAGGAGCGGACGUACGACAAGGAGAACUACAUCGAUUUCCGAAUGCGACUCCUGGGGGACGUGGACCAGGGCGGUCCAGCCAUACUCUCGCCGGGAAUACACAGCUUUCCCUUCAAGCUCGGCCUGCCACUGGGCCUGCCAUCCACUUUCCUGGGCCGCUACGGCUGGAUUCAGUUCUACUGCAAGGCGGCGCUACGCGAGAAUAACGGCAUCAUCCACAAGAACCACCAGGUCUUCAUCGUGAUGAACCCCAUCGACCUGAACCUUGAGAAACCCAUUUUGGCACAACCGUUCACCUGCGAAGUGGAGCACAAACUGGGCGUCGUCUGCGUGGGCGGAGGUCAAAUCAAGUGCAGGGUGUCCCUGGACCGCGGUGGCUAUGUGCCUGGGGAGAACAUUCUGGUCACCGCAUUCAUCUCCAACUACAGCAAUGUGUCCAUUAAGCGCACUAAGGCGUCGCUCACCGAGACCAUCGAGUAUUUGGCGCGCGGAAAAGUAGUGCAGACUGAGAAGCGGGAGCUGGCUGUCCUUGUUCGUGGCAAGAUCCGUCCUGGGGGCAAGGAUGAGUGGCACAACGAGCUUUACGUACCGCCCCUGCCGCCAACCAACCUGCACGGCUGUCACCUGAUAAAGAUAUCUUACGACGUCUUCUUCGUAAUCGAGCCAAAGUCCAUGGAGAAGGAGAUCAAGCUGCAGCUUCCCAUCGUGCUGGCGACCUACCCCUUCCGGCACUCCGGAGAUGCGGCGAAUGCCAACACCUGGCCUGAGUCGGUGCUGAAGCCUGACACCCACACCCACUAUCCGUCGACGCUGCCCAUAUUCCGGCCCUGGCUGCACGAAAAGCCCACCGAGGCAUAGCCUCCGGGCCCCAGGCUUCAGGUCCACCGUACAUCAUAGUUUUGUUAACAACGAUUUGCGCCAUACUCUAAUUUAAACUUAUUUAACUCGUACGUACCGUUUCUAAUGUGUUUACCCUGUGCAACUGUGGCUUAAUCGUUUCUGAACAUUUUUUCAUGAUUAAACAAUGUAA